GACUUCCAGCAGCACUUCCAGGGCCCUGGGAGAUGUUUAUUCACAUAGGCUUUGGCGUUCUCUGCAAUGAGGUGCUGUUCUUCUAUGGACAUUGGCUCAUGCACGCAAACAAGUUCCUGUACAGGCACAUUCACAAGAUCCAUCACGAGUUCAAGGCGCCAAUGGGCCUGGCGGCGAUCUACUGCCAUCCACUUGAGUUCUUCCUUUCAGAUCUGAUGCCUUUAGGAGCUGGCUUAGUAGCAGUCCGAACGAACGGCUUCACUGGUGUGGUGUGGAUGGCAUUUGCAGUGAUGGCCACGCAGACACACCAUUGCGGUAUUCGAUGGCCAUGGAUUGACCUUUUCUCAUUCCAGGCAGAGGCCCAGCCAAACUUCCAUGACUUUCAUCAUGAGAAGUUCAAUUUCAACUACGGAGCGAUGGGAUGGCUUGAUGACUUGCACGGGACAUCCUGGGACUGGAAGAAAGACUUCUGGGGCAGACGAGCACUGCAUGACGGGCCGAAGGCAGCGAAGGCUGCAUAG